AUAUUAAAGUCGGCUUUCUAAUGGCGUUUGUCACCAUUUUCUCCAUCUCACAUAGGCCUACAUUGGUGGAGCUCUUUCACGGUCAAUUAAUCUUUACCCUGUUUGUCAAGAAGGAGUUCUGCGGGCUGUGGCGUUGUCGCAGGAUUUGAGAACCAAAGGGAGUGGCCGUACACCUGUUCGACCUGUUUGGGCCACAAGGAAUUUUUCCUCCGAUCUCGCCCCACGGUUGAACAAUCGCCGCAGCUCUAAAUCCCGACAACAAUGUCUGCUCCUGCUGAUCCGGCGGCGGCUGCUACGACGUUCCCUUCUCCAGCAAUUUCUUUACCUGUUGGACUUGACAUAUUGCGAACAUACUCGGGGGCUCUUGUCUGCUUGGAAAUCCUGUUUGGAGGACUAGUAUGGAUUCUGGUGGCAUCUUCCAACGUACCAGUGCCAUUGUUGCAGGGCUGGGUGAUGUUUGUGUCUGUUAGCAUGUUUGUCUUCUCCACGGUGUACCUCAUUGUUUUCCUCCUGGGCUUGGCUGAUAGGAUCAAUACUGACUGGAAUUUCCUGGAUUUGGUCUACCACUUUGUCGCACUGCUCUUCUAUUUUGGAGCCUUCGUCCUCGAGGCGGCGGCCACUGCAGCGAAUGGCCGCUCGUUCACCUACACCAACGUGUCCGUGUGUGUGUCUUUCUCAAGCGGGAAUAUCGUCACCUUCAUGGAUGGUCGCCAGUACAGUAUUAAUGUAGCGGCCACAAUAUUUGCAUUUGUGGUGACACUAUGCUAUGGUUGCAGCAUGUUCAUGGGCUUCAAAAGAUGGAGAAUGUACCGUUGAUGCAUUAUGGGAAUGAACAUAAGCUAUGGAAAUGGUGUUAUUACGUAUAGAAUUGGAGCCAUACUGUAUUGAACAAACAUGUUUAUAAUCAUUAGUUUUUAUUUGCUGUUAACACGAUUAAAAUUCAGAAAAUAUAUUUUUUAUUUAGAGUAGUCACUAGCUUUUAUUUGUAGCACUGAAUGUAUAUCAUCUGCUAUUCUUUGAAUUAGAACUUGUGCACAGAAAAAAUGUAAGGAGACUACAGGUAUUUGAUUAUGUGGAGACUGUAGUGUUGCUUUGUGGGGGGGAGAAAGGUUUAAACAUUUCCAUUUAGAAUUCCCUUAUACCCUCUAUAGUGUGUACAGCUCUAACAUUUCCUGUGAACUUGCAAUCAUAUUUAUUAGGAUUAUAGUCAAACGUAAGGCCAUUCGAUUUAUGUGAUUGUGCUGCUACACUUGAUGUUGAAUGUUGUUUUCCUGGUUAACAGAAAAUCACCGACCAUAUCAUUCCUGUUUGGUUAAGAAUUUUGGUCUGUGUAGCUGUGUUAAAUUAUAUUUGUGUGUGCCAUUUUUUGUUAUUUUUCAGUGUGUUUUUAACAUUGUGCUUGAGGAUAAAACAUUUUGGUACUUGGAAUCCUGCUUUAUAAGAAAAACUUGUUCAAUGCACUGAAAUUUGUUUUUAAGCUUGGACCAAGGCUAAGCUUUCACAUAUGAUAACCAAUGAAAAAGGUUACAGUUACUAAUCACAGGAUUAAUUAGGUGGUGGUAAAAAGGGAACUUCAUAGAAAAUAAACUGAAGGUACUGAACCCUGUCCAUUGUCUAUUUCUCAGUAUAGUCUCUUACCUUAGCUCUCAUUUAUCAUCAGAAAAAACGGAUCUCACAACCCAUCCAAAGUAGUCUCUUUGCACCAAAUAAGGAUAAAUAAAAUUAGAAGUAUAUUUAAUAUGCCUAAAUAAUGAUUAGUAUCAAUAUGCAUUGAAAAAUCACUUGUCACCCGAAUGCAACUUUAAGUUGUAGUGCAACUGAGUGGAAUGUUGUGCUGUUUAUUUCCUCCAUGAAUUUUUUUUUUUUUUUUCAGGAACAUUUAUCUGUAAUUAUAAUUCUAUUCGAAAUCCCAUCUCUUUUGUAAUCCUUACCCUGUUUUUCUCAUUUUUAUAGUGGUCAUGGUCAGGGGAACCUUUUACUGUUUUUUGUUUUGUUUGAAUAUUUUAAAUAAAAACUAAGAAUGAAAUACUGCCAAUA